CGGAGCUUCCGGGGAAGGGAUCAAAGCCGGGUCACCUUUGAGGGGCUGGGAAGAAGGGUUUAGCCUUGGUAACCGCGUCGCGAUGUGGUUCGAAAUUCUCCCCGGGAUCGCCGUCAUGGCCGCGUGCUUGUUCAUCCCGGGAAUGGCCACUGCUCACAUCCACAAGUUCACUAACGGGGGCAAGGAAAAAAGGGUUGCCCAUUUUUCAUAUCAGUGGAAUUUGAUGGAAAGAGAUAGGCGCAUCUCUGGAGUUAAUCGUUACCAUGUGACAAAGGGUUUGGAGAACAUUGAUUAAGGAAGCACUUUCCUGAUUGAUGAAAAAUAACUCAGUUAUGCUCGUCUACCCCUGCUAGAAGGUUAUAACGUGUCUUAUGUAGCAUGCAGUGUAUUUUGUAGUAUGUAAUAAAAAUUUUAAAAGUAAAA